AUGGCUCAGCCACAGGAUCGUUCGUCUACGCGUGGCCAACCCACGACCAACGUCGCGCACGGGAGUCCUCCCAGCGCGCGCGCACGCGAGGCGUCCUGGCCCAGUGCUGGUCGGCUUCCGGACUCGUUUGGGAGAGGACAGACCACCACGCUUGGCGGUGAUCCCCUCGCUUGUGGCGAAGAAGCGCACGGGCGGCGCGGAAGCGCUCCGGCGUUGUCCACAUCCUCCGGCCCGACGACGGGGCAGAAGCCAUCGAUCGUCCGCUCCUCGCGACUGAUAAUCCCUCCGCUGCCCCAGCCUGCCCCGCCUCCGCCCUGCCUUCCGCCUCCGCCGCCCCUCCCCACCGCCGUAUGCCCUUCUCCCACCGCCGCUCAUCUGCCCUCCGCCGCCGUUAAUCUUUCCUUCCCCGCCGUCUGCCCUCCCGCCGCCGCCUUCUGGUCUCCCACCACCACCACCACCACCACCACCACCAUGCACUACCUCUCUUGCGCCCCCGCCAAUCCCCCGCCGCACACGCGGCCCUCCUUGCCACUGGAUGAGCGUGUGCAUACGCCAUUCCUUCCGUUGCCAUCCGCCUCGCGGCCGCUGCCCAUCCCUCCAGCUCCGUCGGCGUCCGUCCCCGCCUCCCACGGUGUUCCCGUCGGGCGCGUCCCCGACACUCCCCCGAACACUCGCCCCGGAUCCAAAGCGUCGUAUGCGUCCAGCUGUACUGGAGCCACCGACAGCAGCUCCGACGGGGGGCCCGGCCCCGCGCGCCCGCCUAAGCCCGCCGCCGUGAGGUUCGUCUCCGUGCCUACGUCUCUCGGCCCCGCGUCCCAACCUGCUCCCGCGAAUUUCACGCUCUCGAUCGCGGCGGUCGUGAAACCCAGGCCUUCGUUCCACCGGCCUCUGGUCCCUCCGCCGCCCACCGUCUCUGUCACGCACGCCCCCGCUGCUGCCGCUCCCGCUGCUGUCGCCGCCGCUCCGCCCGCUCCCAUCGCCGGCCUCCUCGCCUCUUUCCCUCUCCGAUGGGACGUUCGCGAGUGCCUUACCCCGGCCUUCCUACACGACGGUCGCCUCCGACAACCCGCCUUCGCGGCUGGGCUCACCGAAUGUCGAGCGGUGUUCAACGCCGACAUCCCGCACGAGCGAUUCGUCGCGACUUGCAGGGCCUCUCGGAAUGGAAAUCCCCUUACUAUUGGGGACGUCCUGCGCGGGAUCGACGAGAAGUUGGCGAGCACGCCCAAUGUCAGCACGGAGGAACCGGCUGGCGCGCGCGCGGCGUACCGCCAUCGCGCCAGGGGCGCCGAUGGGCCAAUUACCUAUGUCGACUUUGUGAUGGCGAACGAGUUCUUCUUCCUGGGACUGAGGGAGACCAACGUGCCGGGGAGUUUGCCGUUGUGCUAG